AUGAAUAAUGCUCAGAAAUCCAAAAGGGAGGGAGGGUCUGUGGAGAACGAGAAAGUUCGCAUGCAGCAGAGUCGUCCUCUGACGAGGAUUCACCCCCUUUCACCCCGACGAGCAGAGCACCUAAGCGAGCCCGUCCGUCUACGUCCAGGGGCCGUGGACUGGGUCGGGGUUGGCGUGCCCCGAGAGGCCGAAGUGCUGGCAACGUAG